AUGCGUGUUGCACUGCGGCCACGCAGUGGCUGCCUGGUGCUCUGUCUCUGCCUGUCAGUGUUCACCCUGCUGCUACAGAGCCUCUGGGUGCCACUUGAGAUGACCAAGGAUGAACCUGCUGGGAGGUCACCCGAGGAACAGGGUCAGCGUGGUCUUGGCUUUCGAAGGCUGGCUCUGCGCUUGGAGGCUUUGAGCACUCAGGUGCAGAGGCUGAGCAGAGAGAGAGAUGUCACCCAGCUGACCAGAGAUGAUCUUAGUCUGCUACUACAGAGCUUUAGACAGGACCAGCAAGGCGUGGCCCGUUUGGUAGAGAGGGAGCUUAAGAGAGUGUCCCAGAAGCUUGACCGGCUCAGCCGUCAUCAGCACCAUCACCAUCAGUCCCACACUCUGCCACCACAUGAUGACCACAGAGCACACAUAGGGCCCAAUGAGUGUGAGGUGCCAAUGGAUACUGCGUAUCCGGUGUGUGCUGAGAAAGUGGAGUUCCUGCAGGCACGUUGGCAGUCAGACCCCUGCUAUGCCUUUUAUGGGGUGGAUGGUACCACCUGCUCCAUAUUGACUUACCUCAGCCAAAUAGAAAACUUUUGUCCCCCUCGCCUUGUAAGGAACCACUCUUCUCUGCCAUGGCACAAGAAACCUCACUCCUCUACAGAGAAAGCUGAGAUACGAACAUCUCUGAGCCAACUGUAUGAGGUCAUCAGCAACAACAGUGGUCCUGCAAUAAACUUCAUCCAGUCCAGAGUGGAAAGGAUGUCUCACCGUUGGAUACAGGCUGGUCUGAGGAUGAGGCGUAGCAGCAACAAGACGGUCUCGAACCAGAUGAGGGUGCUGCUUUAUCUGGGUGCCCUGGCUGGGAGUGUUGGUCAGCGUUUUGAUGCUAUGUUGGAAAGAGGGGGGCCUCUGGGGGAGCUGGUCCAGUGGGCUGACCUCAGUGCCUGUCUGACAAUCCUGGGCCACAACCUCAAUUUCAGCACCUCACAGCACCAACUCCACAGCCUGAUAGGUGCUGCUCCUGGCCGAGGCAGCUGUCCAAUCCAGAGACCCCUGACCUUCGACCUCAUCUAUACCGACUACCAUGGCCUUGCUCACCUUCAAGGAGCCAUGGGACUGGCUUUCCAGCAUUACCAGUGCCGCUUCAGAAUCCUUGACUCUUUUGGGACUGAACCAGCCUUUAACUUGGGGAGUUAUGCACAGAACCACGGAUAUAAAACACGGUGGGGCAGAUGGGGUCUCCAGCCUCUGCAGUACAUGACCAUGUUCCCUCACACUCCUGAUAACUCCUUCCUGGGCUUUGUGAGUGAGGAGGCAGUGAGGGCGGAGGUGAGAGAGGAGGAACUGGAGCCAGAGAUUUACAGGAAAGACAGGAUAGCAGUUGUCUACGGCAAGCAGGACUACAUGUGGCAGGGUAAAUCUGAGUAUGUGGAGGUGAUCAGUGAGGAGCUGGAGACCCAUGCCACAGUCUACCAGCCUCCAGGACACACCUCUAAUCUGCCCAGCUUCAUCAGAAACCAUGGCCUGCUGACUCAGGAAGACUUCCUACGACUUCUCCGCAGAGCCAAAGUGUUUGUAGGUCUUGGUUUCCCCUAUGAGGGUCCGGCUCCCAUUGAGGCAAUAGCUCUGGGCUGUGUCUUCCUUCAACCACAAUUUGACCCGCCACACUCAUCAGACAACAAUGACUUCUAUAAGGGCAAACCCACCACAAGACAGAUCUCUUCCCAGCACCCUUAUGCUGAAGAAUUCAUCGGUAAACCUCAUGUGUGGACUGUGGACAUGACCAACAGGACCGAUGUACGGGAGGCAGUCAGAGCUAUUCUAAGCGCAGAGGUGAAGCCUUUCAUCCCCCGAGAGUUCACCUGUGAGGGAAUGCUGGAGCGGGUUCAUGGUUAUAUCACUCACCAGGACUUCUGCAGUAAAUCAGUCCCUACUUGGCCACCAGAAAGUGCUCUUAGGGUGCACCUGGGUCCCCUGGGCCAGUCGUGUGUUAGCGUGUGUCGACACUCCUCCCUGGUGUGUGAGCCUGCUCUGUUUCACCACCUCAACAGUCCCUCCGCGUUUACCAGGCUCGGACUAGGCUGCUCCAGCAUGGGGCAGGAAGUCAACCACCUGUUUCCCGCCUACAGUCCUUGGGGUCGACACUGUGGCCUUCAGCAGGAGCCUCUCCUGUUCAGUUGUGCCGGCUCUGACCCUUCCCACCGCAGACUGUGUCCCUGCAGAGCUCACCUACCUGGACAGGUGGCACUGUGCCCCGACUGCAUCUAA